CGUGACCCUGCCGCGUUAACGCUCACUGCCGCAUAUCGUACGCGCUCCGUGCGACGUUGCCGCUCCGUCCGCGCUCGUCCCGUCGCCCACUCGCCCCGCCAGUCGUCCCGUUACAGUCCCGGAGACUGCACGCACCGCUUCGCGCCCAAUGUCAAAAGGACGCAACAAUUGAACCGGUGUUCGAAAUUCAAAAUAAAAGAGUUGAAAAUCGCGUACGAAACGAAUGAAUAACGGAAUUUGUUGAAAAUGCCUUUGCCUUUUAACAAGAGUUUGGACUUGAAAUUGUUAGCUUUAGUGAAAGAGAACUCUAUAUUGUAUAAUACUAAACAUCCGAGAUAUUUGGAUUUUGAUGCCAGAGAAGUAGUUUGGCAGAAGAUUGGGGAUGCACUUAAUAGAUCUGACCAAGUGUGCAAGGCGCGCUGGAUCAACAUUCGCGACAUGAUGCGCCGUAAGAUCCGCGAGCGACUACGGAACCCUCAACACCGCUCAUACAACUACAAGUAUGAAGAGGAGAUGUCAUUCAUGAUCCCAUACUUUAAGGACUCUAAUACUAGCAAUGAGGAAUAUACGGACUUUAUUGAAGAGGUAUGUUCAUUUCUUCCUUUAAGAAAUCCUUUUGAUUUUCUGACCAUUCUCUCUUGGUCUUCUCGAUGCAAUUAUUCUGUCCCGUUUGGUAUUUUUUCUCUUUCUCGCAAAAUCUGCGAAAGACUAUGGAAUCCUCAACACCGCUCAUACAACUACAAGUAUGAAGAAGAAAUGUCAUUAAUGAUCCCAUACUUUAAGGACUCUAAUACUCGCAAUGAGGAAUAUACUGACUUUAUCGAAGAGGACACACCCUGCGAUGACAUCUCACCAUCCGACGUAUUCGCCGACGUGGAAUCCUACCAGCCAAAAGAAUCCAAACCAGUCAUCAACACCAUGAAACCUAAGGAAGAUUUCCAGAACCAAUUCCAAGACCUAAACCCAACUGAUCCUAUAGACGUGUUCCUGAUCACUAUAGGAUCUACGCUAAGGAGAUUUAGUCCGUAUUACUUGAAUCAGGCGAAGAGUAAGAUAUUUCAAGUUGUGCAGGAUUAUGAGCUGCAGCAGAUUAUGAAUAAAGAUGAUAAUUUGAAUGCUUCGAGCAGUGAUGCUAGGUAGUUAAAAUUUAUGUU